AUGGCUUCUCCUCAAGUUAUCCGAACCCCGAUUACUGAUCUGCUCAAGAUCAACCACCCAGUCCUGCUGGCUGGUAUGAACGUGGCUGCUGGCCCCAAGUUGGCAGCUGCUGUUACCAAUGCCGGUGGACUGGGUGUGAUUGGUGGUGUUGGCUACACUCCUGAGAUGCUGAAGGAGCAGAUCGCCGAGCUGAAGGGGUAUCUGACCGACAAGAACGCCCCCUUUGGUGUCGACCUUCUCCUUCCCCAAGUUGGUGGCAACGCCCGUAAGACUAACUACGAUUACACCAAGGGCAAGCUUAAUGAGCUUAUUGAUAUCAUUAUCGAGAGUGGCGCCAAGCUCUUCGUCUCUGCUGUUGGUGUGCCCCCCAAGGCGGUCGUCGACAAACUCCACGGAGCCGGCAUCCUCACCAUGAACAUGAUCGGCCACCCCAAGCACGUCAAGAAGUGCCUCGACGUUGGCGUCGACAUUAUUUGCGCCCAGGGCGGUGAGGGUGGUGGUCACACCGGUGACGUCCCCACCACUAUUCUCAUUCCCACCGUGGCCAAGUUGGUCCAGGGUCACAAGAGCCCUCUGACCGGCCAGCCCGUGCAGGUCAUCGCUGCCGGUGGUCUUUACAACGGUAACUCUGUUGCCGCAGCCCUCAUGCUGGGUGCUUCCGCCGUCUGGAUUGGUACUCGCUUCAUCCUGGCUGAUGAGGCCGGUGCUCCUGCUGCUCACCAGGAGGCAGUCCGCACUGCUGGCUUCGAGGACAACAUCCGUACUAUCAUCUUCACUGGACGUCCCAUGCGUGUCCGUAAGAACGACUACAUCAUGAACUGGGAGGAGAACCGCGCGGAGGAGAUUAAGCAACUCACUGCCAAGGGUGUCAUCCCGGUUGAACACGACUUCGAGAACCUCCCCGAUGACGUCGAUGACGACUACCUGGACAAUGCUCGCCCCUUCCUGAUGGGUAAGGUGUCUGCUGUUGUGAAUGAGAAAAAGCCCGCCAAGGCCAUUGUGGACGAACUCGUCCACGAUGCUGCUGCCCUCCUCAAGAAGGGUAACAGCUAUGUUGCCUCCAAGCUGUAA